UCACAAUCACCGCUACUCACUCACUCGUUCACUGUUGACAUAGAGACAAGAGAGGGCAGUGGGCACAAUGGUCUGCAUUAAGGCCAUUGCUUUUGUAGUUGUACUUGUCGCUGGUGCAUCGCUUGCCCCGGUGGGCGAGAGCCGCUCUGCUCGGAAGGACCUUGGUCUCAACCUUGGCAUUGGCGGGGUUGGAAUUGGUAUCGGCUUGGGUGCUGGUGUGGGCGCGGGUGGUUCUGGCUCGGGCUCGGGUUGCGGUUCCGGAUCAGGGUCAGGUUCUGGUUCAGGGUCUGGUUCGGGGUCGGGCUCGGGAUCAGGAUCAGGGUCAGGUGGUCUAGGUCUUGGACUUGGUGUUGGAGUCGGUAUUGGUGUAGGUGGUGGUAGUGGUGGUGGUGGUUCUAGUUCCGGUUCUGGAUCGGGUUCGGCAUCUGUCUCUCGUUCUGGAUCAAUUCCAGGCAUAGGAUCUGGUUCUGGAUCGGCAUCGGCUUCUGGGUCAGGCUCAGCCUCAGGAGGGGGUGGGCUUGGGCUUGGGGCUGGACUCGGUAUUGGAUUAGGUGGUGGUACUAGUGGCUCUAGCUCGGGUUCAGGGUCGGGCUCAGCUUCGGCUUCGGGCUCUGGGUCGGGAAGCGGCUCAAGCGCUGGAUCAGGUGCUAGCUCUAGUGCCGGAUCAAGUGCGGGGUCCAGUGCCGGAUCAAGUGCCGGGUCCAGCGUAGGCUCUAGUGCCGGAUCAAGUGCGGGGUCCAGUGCAGGCUCUAGCGCCAGAUCAAGUGCAGGGUCAAGUGCAGGUUCAAGUGCAGGCUCUAGUGCCCAAUCAGAAGCAGGUUCCGAAGCCAGAAGAGUGCAAGGCCACCAUUGACGUGAGCUAGGAUGAAGACAUGAUUCUCUAAAUACUAUGUUAAUUCUACAACAAGGCCAUACAUAUAUAAUGAUUUCUACCAUGCAUGAAGGAAAUGAUAUUUGAUGUAUUUAAUUUUGAUAAAGAUUAAACAAUUUGGUUAUAUCAAAACUCGUGUAUGCUUUGAAUAAAGGAUCCUAGAUGAAUCUCAAAUGCAUGUUGUUUUUCAAUUCUGAAAUUAUAUUCUCAUGCUUGGGCUCUUGGGUAAUUAUGUUCGAUGCAUGAUCUACUAACAUUAACUUGAACACCAGAGUUGUAUCCUUAUGUUGCUAGUCAGGCAUCAAUACCAAAACCACUAUAUUUCGAAAAGUUUUUGCCUCCAGGUUUAUCCACUUGUGUGAAAGUGACUUUUUGAUCAGCUGGAUGGCGACAUGUGUAUUAUUUUGGUAGAUUGCCGUGUAGAAUUAUGCGGUGGCCAUAGGCCUUCGAUGAAAAUUUUCUUAACUGAUUCGCAUUUUCUCGUGUGCACUUGGGGUGUCUAGCGAUUCUGGUUCAGAUGAUUGUUUGAUCUUGAAAGCAACCUAUGGGCGUUUGGGCUGUUGGCGCAUGCAUUUUUUUGGGAUAUGGCUAUGUAUAAAUGCAUUUGUGGGAGUAUAUGCAUCGGCUAAAUUUUUUGAACGUGCUUGCUUCGCUGCCGUGUGCUUCUAACCGUUUAUGUUGUAAUUAAGUCGGCCAUGCACUGUGUUGGUUUCCAGUUUUGCUUUCGUCAUCGGGAACAGACAAGAAACAAGCAAAUCGAUGCUCAGCAAAGGAACAUGGACAAAUCAGUCACGUCAUGCAUGCAGACCAAUCAGAACACAAUGCUUGGAGAUGCGGCCGACCAAUAGCUGUCUGACGAAGCGGUGAUCGGGGGAUGGACAACUACGUCCAGUUACAAGGCACAUGAGCAGGCAGCGGGGCGGGCAACUACAUCCAAUUACAAGACGAUAGAGGGAUAUGGCCAAGACUGCCACCGCACCGCUCGGGCGCGAUUCUAGGCCAGAUACGGGACAUUCCUGCUGUCUCCCUCGCAUGUGCACUACAUGCAUCCCGUCUAAUCCACUGCUUUCAUUGCUUUCUUAUCUGCCUCACCGCUUACUACUCCUUCAUUAUCUCUUCUUCUUCUGUAUGCCUCUGUGGCUUACUGCCCUUAAUGAUCG